CGUUAUACCGUUAAGAGUUUGCAACAAUUUUAUUUUGUUCGCAGUAGUUAAAAAAAAUUGUGUUGCACAGAACCAGAACCAAAUAGCCCAUCUCUUUUUUCUCAGCUGUAAAAAAAAAAUAUCAAAAAAAAAUCAAAAUUAUUCAGUUAGACGUUUACAGCCAUCAGAAGGAUCAUUCAACAAAGGACCCAUACCUAUCCCACCAUGUCUAGUUUGAGUCUGCAGUUGAAGAGUAUCAACGAUAAGACGGCUUCUGUCGCUCUUGAUCGUAAAACAAGAUCUCAAAUCCAUUCCAGAUCGCUUAUUUUCGAUCCCAAAGUGGCAUCAACUCAGGAUUUUGAUUAUUUAUUUCAACUAGGGUUAGAAGGGUUAGAUGAAUUAAGUGAGAUUGAUUCGAGAUUUAAUCGUUUCAGACAAACUUUAUUCUCUGAUACUUCGAUUAAUUUUGAUAGAAACGUUCAAACUAAGGAUACUUUAACUCAAAUCAAUAAAUCCAUCGAUGCAUUUUUGAAUUUAGUUUCUCCUUAUUAUGGUUUAAAUCCAACCGUCAAGACUUUAGAAUGGUUAGUAAGAAGAUUCCAUAUUAAUAUUCAUAAUGCUGAACAUUUUAUCUUAACUGCUUUACCAUAUCAUCGUGAUUCAAUCUUUGUUAAAAUCUUAAAUAUUGUUCCUAAAAAUCAAUUCCCAAAUAUUUUCAGUUGGUUAAUUGGUUUCAAAGAUCAAUUGAAAGCUCCUCCUGCCAACUCUAUCUUAAAGGCAUUCUAUAAUGAUUAUCCUUUGUAUAAUAUGUAUACUGAAUACUUGUUACAACAAUUAGCCAAUGGUACUGUUUAUAAAGAACAAUUAGUGUUUUAUUUAUCUAUUACUAUUCAAUUAUUAGCAUCAUUAUCAAAGAAAGCAGAUACUUUAAAUGAAAUGUAUUUACCAUUGAUUUUAAAAGUUGUGGGUCAUUUAUUAUUAACCAAUGAUUCAAAAUAUUCCAGUUCCAUGAAGAUUGAUACUAGAUUAUCCGCUUAUUCUAUUAUUUCAAUCUUAACUUCCAUCGUUCCAUUGUCUUCCAAAUUAACUGAAUCCUUAACUGAAUCAAUUUUACAAAAUUCAAAUGUGUUCGAUACUAAUUUAGCCAGACAAUCAUUGAUUGUGUUAGGUCAAUUAUGGAAUUUUAAUAAUGAAAGUGGAAGUACCGUUAAUUGUUUUAAACAGUUAUCUAUUCCAACUUUAUUAAAACAUGAAUCAUUAAUCAAUGAAUUAAUCGCCGAUGAUUAUAAAUUAUCCAGAUUCUUAACUACUUAUUUCAUUAAUACUUUCCCAAAUACAGAUUCAUUGAAAUUAUUCAGAUUAAUUCCAACUUCUCAAAUCUCAAUUUCAGCAAUCACAAAUUUAAUCUUCGCUAAUAUUAACUCAUCCCAAGAUGAACAAAUUAGAAAUAACUUGAUUCAAAUCAUCGAACAAUCAGGUGAUAACUUGGUUGAAAGUUUCACUUCUGAACAAGUCCAAGAAUUAGAAAUGAAAUUAAUGACUACAUUAGGUAACAAGAUCGUUAUUGAUAUUACUAACGAUGUCGAUUUCGAAGGUAGUGAAGAAGAUAAUGGUGAUUUAGAAGAUGUCGAUGAACAAGUCUUAGAAAGCAUUGACAACAUUGAAUCAACAUCUGUAUCAUUCAUUUUAUCUGAAAAUAAUGAACAAUUUUAUAAAUUGGUUAAUAUAUUAUUAAAUCAAUUAGUUAAAGCUAAUCAUAAGAUUAAAACUCAAAAAUCAAUCAUUGCUACAUUCACUAAGAAAUUAUUCACCAGUCAAGACUCAUCUAUUUCAUUCUUACUUAGAUUAGCAUUAAGUCCAUCCACUUCAACUUUAAUUGCUCUUUCAACUAUCAGAGUAUUAAAAUUGAAAUUAAAAGAAUUAACUUCUUCUAAAGCUUCCACCACUCCAUUAGAUCUUUAUUUAUUGAUUCCUAUUCUUUUAUUAGGAUUACGUGAUGCAAGACCAUCUAUCAGACAAGGUUUUGUUAAUUUAUUAUCCAUCGUGAAAGAUGUUACUAAAUCAACUCAUGAAGGUAAAAAGAAAGUUAAAUCAACUUUAUUUAUGGAAAAUGAAAUUUAUCAUCAUAUUGAAGCUAGUAAACGUGCUAUCUUACCACCUAAUGAUGCUGUUUUGUUAUGUGAUUUGAUUUUUGAAAACAUCGAGGAUGUAAUUUUAACUCCAACUGCUUUAAAUGGUCUUUUAUUCAAUCAUGUGUUUAAAAGUUCUAAAAAUAAUCUGAAAAAAUUCGGUCAAUUGAUCUUAAAAACAUUUAUUUUAAAUCAAUGGUCAUUAGAAUCUUGGUCUAUUGUAUUCAAAUAUAAUAUUUGGUCAAUCAUAGCUCAAGAAAAUGAGGUUGGAACGGAUGAUAGAUAUUUCUUCGUCGAUACUGAUUUACAAAACUAUUUUCAAAAUAGACCAACCAUCCUCCAACAAUGCAAACAAGCUAAGAUUGAUUUCACUAAAGUUGAAACCGAUAUCGUUGGUUUAGUUGGUGGUAUCAGUACUAAUGAUAAGAAUUCAAUCAGAGAAGUUGAAUGGUUUAAUAAUGGUUUAGAAAGUGCUUAUCCAAAUUUACAAAUCACUAUUAAUGAAAGAUCAAUUAAAGUAUUUGAUAAAUUCAAAUCCACUGAUUUGAAAUUAAAAGUGGUUAGUAAGUUAAUUGAAUUACUCGUGGGUAACUCCAAUACUGAAAUCGAUCCAUUAGAUACUUUACAAAAAUUAUCUAUUGAUCAUGAUUUAUUCUUAUCUGCUUUAAGUUUAGUUCAAAUCGGUACUCAAAUCCCAGAACAAGGUUUAGCUAAACGUAGAAGAAGAUCAUCAAACUCAACUAAACAAGCUAUGGUUAAAGAAGAUAUUUCCAAUAUUGCCAGUGUUCAUUUAAAGAAAUUAACUAUUGUAUUAGAUAUUUUAGAAUACAAUUUAAGAAAGGAAGCAAGCGUUUUAGGUCAUCCUGAUUUAUUAAAAGCUUUAUUCAAAAUCUUAACUGAUUUAGAUUACUUAGGUAAUGAUGGUAAUUUACCUGUCUUAUAUGCUCAAGAAACUUUAGCCAAUUGUAUGUCCUUAACUAUUUCCAACAUGAAAUCAAGUGAUAAACAAUUUAAAUUUGAUUCUAAUUCAAUCAGAGCUGAUUUGAUUGUUAACUCUAUCAGAGCAUCUCAAUCUCCUCAAGUUCAAAAUCGUUUAUUAUUAGUGGUUGCCGAAUUAGCUUCAUUAGCUCCAGAAAUCAUUUUACAUUCCGUCAUGCCAAUUUUCACCUUUAUGGGAGCUCAUACUAUUAGACAAGAUGAUGAAUUUUCAAGUUUAGCUUUACAAAGAACCAUUGCCAAAGUUAUUCCUGCUUUAGCCACCAAUGGAACUUCAUCUAUUCCUAAUGAAAUUGAAUUCUUAUUGACUAGUUUCGUAACUGCUUUCCAUCAUAUUCCAAGACAUCGUAGAGUUAAAUUAUUCACUACUUUAUCCAAGACAUUACUGGCUGAAAAAUCAUUAUCAAUUCUUUUAUUCUUAAUGGGUCAACAAUAUGCUAAUAGUUCAAACAAAGCCAAGAGUCUAGAAUGUUUAGAAUUCACUAUUUCAUUCCUUAAAGGAUUUUCAGCUUUAGAUCAAUUAUCAGCUUUGAAUGGUUUCGCUCAAUUAUGGAAAUUGAUUCCAACUACUCCACUUGAUCCAAAAUCAGAAGAAUAUAAACAAUUAAGUACCAGAUCAAUCUAUGGUGGUUCAAUCUUAUCAUUAUCUGAAGAUGGAUUAACUGAAUUAUCAGCAGGAUUAUUAUCUUUCAUUGAAUUAAUCUUGAAAGAUGAUGCUAAUAAUGUUGGUUAUAGUAUUUCAAGUUUAAAGACUAAGAUUGCUGUUGUGUUAUUAGAUUCUGAUAGUCAAGAAUUAGAAAUUUCAGAUUUACUAAAAGAAUUCGGUAAUGUCACUUCAUUUAUCAUUAUGAGUUUAGAUACCUUUAAUGAUUCACAAAUUAUCUUAACUAGAUUAUAUAAAUUACUUUCAACUUUCAUGGACUUAUUACCAUUGAAUUAUUUCAUUGAUUCCAUUAUUGAAUUAUUAGAUAUUGAAAACUUAACUGAUUCUGUUUCGAUCAAAGUGGCUAGAAAUUAUGUUAUUUUAGCUGGAUCCAAAUUUGAAACUGAAUUAAGUACUUCCAAUAUCACUGAAUCUAUUAAAUCAAGUGUGGUUGAGAAAUUAUUACCAAUUUUAAUCAAGGGUAUUAAAGGUAAUAUUGAUGUUGAAUUACAACAAUCAUUCUUAAAUACUUUCUCCAUUAUUAUUAAUAAAUUCGGAUCAGAAUUAGCUACUUCUAAUUCCAAACUUUUAAUUGAUGCUUUACAAGCUUCAACUUCUGAACAAUGUUUAUUAUCAUCUGAAACAGAGGUCAUUAUUUCAUCUAUUAGUGCCAUUGGUAAUAUCGUUAAUAUCUUAGGUGUCAAGACUAUUGGAUUAUUACCAAAGAUUUUACCACCUGCUUUGAAAAUAUGGCAAGAAACCACCAUUGAAAACUCUCAAUUUGAUGAUGAUAGUGCUAAAUUGAUUCAAACUUCAGUUAUUAUUUUACUUUCAUGUUUGAUUAGAAAAUUACCUGUGUUUAUGACUUCAAGUUUAGAUUCUAUCUUAAUGGCUAUUUUAACUAGUGAUUUAGUUGAUAAUAAUCUUAGAUCCACUGUAUUAGAAUUAAUUGUGGGUCAUGUUGAAUUAUCUCAAGUUUUAAAAUCAUUAACUAAUAUUUGGUCAGCUAAACAAUUCUAUACUAAUGAUCAUGCUGGAAAUCUUGGUUUAUACUUGAAGGCAUUAGAAUCAACUAUUGAUAAGAUUAGUAAGAAGGGAGCUAUUUCUCAAUCAUCAAUCUUUGUGAAAUGGUUUAUUCAAGCAUUAGAGUUCAGACAUUAUAUUGAAAAUGAUGGAGAUAAUAAAUUCGAUAAUAAUACUAUUUAUAGAUUAGAAGGUUCAUUCCAUACCUGUGCUAUUACCUUUGUUAUGAAAUUGAAUGAUAAGAGUUUCCGUCCAUUAUUUGCUAAUUUAGUAAGAUGGGCAGUUGAUGGUGAAGGUGCUAAUGUUGAAUCUGAUAAACUUUCAAGAUUAUUAGCUUUUUUCAAAUUCUUUAAUAAAUUACAAGAUCAAUUAAAGGGUAUAGUGACUACUUAUUAUUCAUACUUGAUGGAUGCAACUGUUUCAAUCUUGGAUCAAUUUUCUCAAGAUAAGAUUAAAGAUGUUAAUUUAAGAAGAAUAUUACUUACUUCAUUGAAUUUAUCAUUUAAAUUCGAUCAAGAUGAUUAUUGGACUCAACAAGGUAGAUUUGAAAGUAUUUGUGAUCCAUUAUUAGGUCAAUUGAUUAAUAUUGAAGAUUCAAUUGGGAAAUAUCUUGUCAAGACCAUUACAUCUUUCAUUUCUAAUGUUGCAUCCGAUGAAUAUAAUGAAACAUUAGUGCAUGGAUUAAUCAAAUAUGUCUCGAAUGAAACUGGUCAAAAUUCAUCCACUACUAAGAUCUGGGCUAUCAGAUCCUUAAAGGCUAUUUUCCAAAAGAUGGGUGAACAAUGGUUAUCUUACUUACCUACUUUAAUUCCAUAUAUUGCUGAGUUAUUAGAAGAUGAUGAUGAAACCGUGGAAUUAGAAGUUAGAAAUGGUCUUGUACGUGUCAUUGAAAAUGUUUUGGGUGAACCAUUAGAUAGAUAUUUAGGUUAGAAUAGUGUAUAACAAUAACAAUAAAAAUAUAAAAGUACUGUUUGUAAUAUUUAAAACGUAGUUGCAAAUUUGGUAGCGACACGAAUUAAGAUUAAGUCGUGUCCUUCGAACCAAAAUCAUGGAAAGUUCCAAAAUGUUCUGAGCACUUCUAAUACAAAAAAUUUCACCCAAUUUGAUUUAACCAAUAUAGUUAUUA